AGUAUAUAACUUAAUAAUGAAUUACUUAUCAGAACAUAAAAAAUAAGUUUUUUUAUAAAUAAGGGACUAAAAUAUUUUUCACAUAUUUUUUAAAAAAAAAUUCUGUUUUGGUGUACACUUUUAAUAGCGCUUAUAAAAUUUUCAGUUUUUGAUAUUCAAAAUUAUAAUAUAUAUAUCAUGACAACAGAUAGGUAAAAUACUUUUGAUAAAUUACUACUAUUUCUAUAGUUUUUCCUCAUCUAAAUAAACUGAAUUAAUUUUGUCAGGAGUGUAACAUUUGGUAUAUAAAUAGUAACAGUGAUGUCAUAAGUUGACACAUAUACAUAUAAUGUAUUUUUCCUGGAAGUCUGAGACUGGGAGUGAUCAUAAGUGACAAUCAUGAGUGAAGAUCAUGGUUAUAUAUUGCGUGCAUAGAUGACAUGCAAUUGUCAGGAGUGUAACAUAUUUUGGUGAAAUUUCCGCGUAUUCUUUUAUCCAUUUUUUUCGAAUGCAUUAUUGUUUUGCUGUGCAGUGUUUUUGACUUAUAGUGCAGUUCUGGAAAUAAAUAUUCUAUCUGGUGCAUAUAAGGAAGACAAAACAGAAAUUAGCCAUUUCUUAACCACAGAUCUGCAAUCAUACCUUUCUAAUAUGGGUAUGAAUGGUACAUAUGCUGACCAUCUGUGUAUCAGUGUUACAAGUAAAGUUUUGUCAUCCACAAUACAGAUCAUACAGGCAGAUAACCCAGAUGUUAGAGAGGGAACUUGCCACACCUCAGUAUUGGUUGUCGGGUAUCUACCAGAGCUCCAACAUUAUGUCAGUCUAGAGCCAGUAGAAAGAUAUGUACCAGAUGAUUAUGUAGCUGUUGGUCUGACCUCACGCAGAAAGAAAAAGUUUCUUUAUGUAGCCAAGGUUUUGCAGGUAGAUGGGGAUGUUCAGCUUAGAUUCUUAGAGAGCACCAAUUCUCGGGGGAUCUACACAUGGCCCAAGGCAGACGACAUAUCAUGGCAGUCUCCAGAUGACAUAUUACGAAAAUUAUCACAUCCUACAUUAUUGCCUGGUCGUGGGUUAAAAAUCAUGUUUGAUAUUACAGAACUUGAAUUUGAAAAACAGCUAACAGCUUGAGAUGCACUUUUUGUCAGGAGUGUAACAGUAUAUGGAACAUAUUUGUAACACAUUUUAUUAUACAAUCUAGUCAUAAGACCAAUUUCAGGAGAUCAUAUAUGAACUGUUUCAGUGUUCUAUUGUUUAUUAUGACAGACACUAAUUUUUUCUUCAUGUUGUGAGCCACUAGUAUACAUAAUCAUUUGUGAUGGUACGGAUUUGGGUGACUUUCUUAAAAGUAUGUCUAAAAUUGGAGACAUCUUUUUCAAAUUUGUUCAGGAAUGUUUAAAUGUCCAUUAGUUACAAUGUUUAAACAGUUUAGUUAAUUGAUAUUGUUCAUUUGUUUUUAGAAUCUUGUUAAUGAUAAGCAGCUAUACAUGUCAGGAGUGUAACAAUUUGUUACAAAAAUGCUCAUGUUUUCAUGCUGAUCCUGUGAAAUAAAAUCAUUAUUUCUGCCAUCAUUUAUUUUACUGUGUUG